AUGAGCAACACGGAUUUCCUGGGCCGAGCGAUCGACACGGUGAAAAACGCCAUCGAACACGACAAUGCCGGCGAAUAUGAAAAGGCUUAUCAGACAUACUACUCCGCACUGGAGCUGUUCAUGCUCGCGCUCAAGUGGGAGAAGAACCCCAAAUCCAAGGAGAUGAUCAGAUCCAAGGCCGGCGAGUACAUGGACCGCGCCGAGAAGCUCAAAAAUCAUUUGGCGAAUAGCGACAAUUCGAAGAAACCAAGCGCGGUCGGCGCGAAUGGGAAAGUGGCAAAUGGGGGUGGGAAAGCUGGCAAGGAAGACGACGAAAGCGAAGAUGCAGAAGCAAAGAAGCUGCGAGGUGCCUUGCAAGGCGCCAUUUUAUCGGAGAAGCCUAAUAUUCGAUGGGAGGACGUCGCGGGCCUGGAAAACGCAAAGGACGCUCUCAAAGAGGCCGUGAUAUUGCCAAUCAAGUUCCCUCAUCUGUUCACUGGCAAGCGACAGCCAUGGAAGGGUAUAUUGUUGUACGGGCCCCCCGGUACCGGAAAGUCGUAUCUUGCAAAAGCAGUGGCCACGGAAGCAAACAGCACAUUUUUCAGCGUCAGUAGCAGUGAUCUGGUAUCCAAAUGGAUGGGAGAAAGUGAACGACUCGUGAAGCAAUUAUUCAACAUGGCCCGGGAGAACAAACCCGCAAUUAUCUUCAUUGACGAGGUCGAUGCCUUAUGUGGCCCCCGUGGAGAGGGCGAAUCUGAAGCGUCUCGAAGAAUCAAGACCGAGCUGCUUGUUCAGAUGGACGGAGUCGGCAAAGACUCGAAAGGAGUCUUGAUUUUGGGAGCAACAAACAUCCCAUGGCAAUUAGAUGCGGCCAUCCGAAGACGAUUCCAGCGGAGAAUCCACAUCAGCUUACCCGAUAUAAACGCACGCAUGAAAAUGUUCUCGCUGGCAGUGGGCUCUACGCCGUGUAACUUGACACAAGCAGACUACCGACACUUGGCCGAGAUCAGCGCAGAAUACUCUGGAAGUGAUAUCAGCAUAGCAGUUCAAGACGCACUGAUGCAACCGAUUCGAAAGAUCCAAACUGCGACACAUUACAAACAGGUUGUGGUUGACGGCAUCGAAAAGCUAACACCCUGCUCGCCCGGUGAUAAUGGCGCAACGGAAAUGUCAUGGAUGGACAUAGAAUCUGAAAAGCUUCUUGAGCCACCCCUGGUUGUGAAAGAUUUCAUGAAGGCUAUCCAGAACUCUCGUCCCACUGUCAGCAGAGAAGAUCUCGAGAGGAAUUCCGAAUGGACCGAGCAGUUUGGUAGUGAAGGAUCAUAA